AUGCAGCCAGCAUUCACAGCGCUCUUCCUGUGGCUCUUUGUCCUGCUCUUUCUGUUGGGGAUGCUGGCCAAUGGCUUCAUUGUGGUGGUGCUGAGCAGAGACUGGAGGCGGCUCGGGAGGUUGCCCCCCUCUGACAUGAUCCUCAUCAGCCUGGGGGCCUCCCGUUUCUGCCUGCAGUGGGUUGGAAUAGUGCACAACUUUUACUACUUCCUCCACCUGGGGAAGUUAAACAGGGGUCCCAUUCGGCAGCUCUUUAGUCUCCAUUGGAACUUCCUGAAUUCUGCCACCUUCUGGUUCGGUGCCUGGCUCAGUGUCCUCUUCUGCCUGAAGAUCGCUAACCUCACCUGCCCCGCCUUCCUCUGGCUGAAGUGGAGGUUCCCAGGGUCAGUGCCCUGGCUUCUGCUGGGCUCCCUCCUUGUCUCCUGCAUCGUCACCCUGCUCUCCUAUUGGGGAAACCUCGCUGUGUAUCAAGGUUUAUUUAUUAGGAAACUUUUUGGGAAUAUGACUUAUGAGGAGUGGAACAGGAGGAUGGAAAUUUUCUAUUUCCUGCCCAUGAAAUUUGUCACACUGUCAAUUCCUUGCUCUGUUUUUCUGGUCUCGACCGUGCUGUUGAUUAAUUCUCUGAGGAGACACACUCAGAUGAUGAGGCAAAAUGGCCACAGCCUGCAGGACCUCAGCACCCAGGCGCACACCAGAGCUCUGAAGUCACUCAUCUCCUUCCUCGUUCUUUACGCUGUGUCUUUUGUGACUGUGGUCAUCAGUGGUGCAGGCUUCUUUACCACAGAGAGCAACUGGUACUGGCCCUGGCAAAUUUUAAUCUACCUGUGCACAUCUGUCCAUCCCCUUAUCCUCAUCCUCAGCAACUUCAGGCUUCGAGGGGUGUUCUGGCAGCUACUUCUGUUGGCCAGGGGCUUCUGGGUGGCCUAG